AUGGACGACGAAGAGGAGAAGAGGCUGCAAGCAGCCACAAGUAGCGCGGAUGAAGUGGAAUCGCAGCGCCUGAUUCCCAUCUCGGACGAGGAGAGUGGUCCGCAAGAUUCAAGCUCGUGGAGCACGACGUCGAAGUUAAGAUCUGGGAGAGGACUCGGAAGUCACAAUUCGACAGUUAGAAGAUGGAUUCUGCUCCCCGUUCGCGACCUGGUGCGCCUCAUCAAGAAAUCACUGCAGCCCGGUGAGAGCCAGCCGAAACCGAAGCGAGGUCUUGUCGUUGCCGUCUUUGGAUUCACGGCCUCCAGGGCCGAUGAGCUCAAGGAGACGUCGUGGCUGGACGGCUUGCGAGGCGUCGCCGCAUUCUUGGUCAUGGUGUACCACUACCACCUCGACAUGUUCACCUUCGGCACCGAGGCGCCCUACGGAGCGCCCGGGACCCAUGCGUGGGAGAUUUGGAGGCUGCCGUAUCUGAGGAUCAUCUGGUGCUCGGGACACACGCAAGUCGGCAUCUUCUUUGUCCUGUCGGGCUUCGUGCUCUCCUGGUCCAGCCUCUCCUCCAUCCGCGAGGGACGGUACGAGAAAUUCGCGCUCAGUUUGGGCUCGACGGCGUUCCGGAGAUGGAUGAGGCUCUUCGUACCGUGCUUCUGGAUCGGCAUCCUGUCCCUGAUCCAGUUCUACUCUGGAGUGCUCGAACUCACGGUGACCCGCCGAGACUCGUUCCUCGCCCAGUUUGUCGAUUACCUCUGGGAGUCGGAGCGCUUCGCCAACCCCUUCCACUUGGAACGCACCAACUGGGAGGUCCUGCACAGCUACAACACCACCAUGUGGACGAUGCCGGUCGAAUGGGCCGGCUCGCUCGCCGUGUUCGUGGUCCUGCUGAUGGUGAGCCGGAUCCGCAGCUACGGCAAACGAACGCUGGUCCUCGCCGUCGUCCCCAUCUACGCCUGCCUCUCGGCCCGGUGGAACUACUGGCUCUUCACCACGGGGGUCCUCUUCGCGGACUACGUCAAGCAGCGCGGCGGCUUCGACCAGCUCUCCGGCCGCACGACGCGCCGCUCGCGCCUCUGCUGGCUGCUCGUGCUCCUCGCCGGCGGCUGGCUCGGCGGCAUCCCCGGCAAGCGCGACUGGUACGAGCGCCCGGGCUACGCCUGGACGGACGCCUUCAUCCCGGCCAACUGGCAGGACAUCGAGGGCGGGCAGCGCUACUUCUGGUGCUGGUCCGGCGUGCUGCUCACCGCGGGCGUGGCCCACUUCGCGGCCCUGCGCCGCCUCUUCGAGCGCCCGGCCUGCCGCUACCUGGGCCGCGUCAGCUUCAUGCUCUACCUCACCCACCGCAUGGUCGGCACCAUCCUGGGCCCCCCCAUCCGCCGGCAGAUCCUGGCCCUCCUCGGGACGCACCGCGCCGCGCCGGACCAUCCCGAGGUCGACGUGGUUGAGAUCCAGGGCCCGGUGUGGAAUGUGCUGGCGUACCUGCUGGCGUGGGCUGUGAUGCUGCCCUUGGCGCUGGCGCUGGCGAACUGGUGCACGGUGCUGGUCGAUGAGCCGUGCGUGAGGUUCGCGCGGUGGGUCGAUGAGAGGUUCGUGAGUGGUGGCGGUGGCGGCGGUGCUGGUGCUGGUGCUGGUGCUGGCGGCGAGCAGGAGCUUGGGUACCGGGCUGAAUAG